AUGCCUCGGGUCCUCAUCUUAGGCGCAACUGGCUACAUCGGCCUGCGCAUCGCCCGCGCUCUCCUUGCAACAGGUAACUACACCGUCUGGGGCAGUGCCCGCAGCGCCGCCAAAGCCACGUAUCUCCUGCAAAACGAGAUCUACCCCGUAGAGUCCGACAUCACCGACCCUUCCACCCUCGCCGGCACGAUAGCAACCUUGAACAUCGACAUUGUCGUCGACGCAACAACCGCUUACGACGCCGCCGCCGCCAUCCUGGAAGGGGUUCUGACCGCCGCCCAGACGCGACGCACCGCGCUCUUAGCCGAUAACAUCCACCAUUUCCCGAAGCUAGGUUUCGUGUAUUCCUCUGGUGCCUGGGUCUAUGGCUCCCCCAGCACGCGAGUAAGCGAUCUCUCGCCUGUGGGGAGUCGAUUGUCCCAGGCACAGCCAGCGCCGAUCUAUGCCUGGCGUCCGAGACAUGAGCAGGCUGUUCUUGAUGCGAGGGAGUUGCUGGAUGUGGCCAUCUUGCGUCCCUGCGCGGUCUACGGGGGGUCAUCGUGGGUGUACGGCGUUUGGUGGAGGGAUUUGCUUUCGCUUUCCCCUUCUGCCCCGCCGGAUGGGAAGACGGGACGGGACCCCGCAACGGGUCAAGUGAAGGAGCAAGGACAAAUCAGCGUCCCCGCUCGCCCGGGAGCGAGGGUCGGCACGGCGCAUGUGGACGAUAUUGCGACGGCAUUUGUGGCAGCCAUCGAGCGGCUGGACGGUCGUCUGGGGACUUGGCCGUUGUUCGAUCUGGUGACGGAGAUUUUGUCUGUGAAGGAGAUUGUGGAGGCGGCGCGGACGGCAUUAGGGAGGGAGGAGCCCGUCAUUUUGACUGGUCCCGGCGACGAUGGAUUUCUUCAGGGGAUGAGUCUGGUUGCGAUCCUUCUCCUUCUUGUUCUACUUCCUAGUUGGUGCAGGGAAGGGAAGAGACGGUCAUUCCGUUGGUGA